GUGACGUAGAACCGCGGGAGCGCGCGUAAGCCUCGUAUGGGUACGGAAAGUCAGAGCAGGGGAUCUGUCGACCACUUGUCAACUAGUGUGCAAUCUCUGGCCUGAGCUCGAGAUAACAUCGACAUGUCGGGCGAUAACGAAGAAACACAAACGACAGAAGAGACGACAAUGGACGACAAGGUAUGUGCGCGGCGGUUUAUCAGUUUGACAUCAGCAUACAGGGAGGUUGACUUUGUUAGAGCUCGCGCUUCGUUAUGUAGCUUAGCUUCUUCACCCCGCGCUCGUCAUUGUUGACAUAUCAACCAAAGCCUGCUCCUGUGCUCCGGCCUGAAAGAGUAAUCCUAUUUCCUCAAACUUUAUAACUAGACUCCGUUGCGUGUUAGCUGGCGUGUCGUUUGUUGUUGGUGUAAAUAUCAUUUCCGUUGGCUGGUUUGAAUGUCAGAGGUGCCGCUAGCUCGUAGUAGCAGCUUUAGCUAACUGUGAUGACAUUCACACACACAGGGAAUUUUGCAACUGUUAGCUCACCUGCUAACUUUAGCUUAGCCGAAUCUGGAAGAUUAUACUGCACUGUGGCUUCAAUAUUUGCUUUCAGGACGCUAUUAUUUCAUCAUUUUCUUCUGUAUUCUUUAUCAGUUCACCGCAAAUACCCUCAUUAUAGACGCUUUAGCCAACUAUAACAGCUGCUGUGUAAUAUUAACGUGUUGUUUUGCUGCCUCUUAACGGUUAUUUCCACCCGCUCGUGCACCACAACCCACACAUCUCCAGGAUCCACUCUGCGCGUGGGCAGCAGAGCAAACCCGAACCUAUUUGACGAUGACAUGGAUAGAAAAUCUGAAACUAAUCAUGUUAUUUUGAGGUCCUUGAACAAUGAUUAAACAGGAUACACCAUAAAUGGUUGUUGUAUCAUUUUAGUUUCGAAUAUUUCCUGUUAAUGCUAAGUAUUAGUAGCCGUGGGUCGACCUAAAUGUGUAUAAAAUGGAGAGAUUACUACUGCAGAUGUUUCUGUGGGAGCCCAAAGCCACUUGAUGAAUGUCUUCUCCUCAGCUAAUUUUCUGUGCCUCAUUUUGAUGUAUGAUGUUUGUUUUCAGGAGACCCAGGACAAGGUGAUCAGUCCUGAGAAGGCAGAGGAGGCUAAACUGAAGGCCAAAUACCCAAAUAUAGGAAACAAACCCGGAGGCUCUGACCUGCUCCGCAAACGCCUCACCAAAGGGGUGAGCUGUUGCUUUUUAGUGUCUGUGAAACAUUCAGGGUCCACCAAAGAGCAGAGUACACCCACUAUCGUCUUUGUGAAGUUUGUUAGAUUUACUGUUAAUACAAUGGCAGCCCACAAACUGCAAUCAAUGCCAACAGGACGUGAAAAAAAUGUUAGAUUUCUCUUCAAUAUUUUUAAUCAACAAUUGAAUCAUUGAAUUGAAUGAUUGACAAAGAAAAUAAACUCAAAAAAACACGGAACAUUUCAAAUUUUAUAGAUGUAGAAUCUAUUGAAGGGGUGUUUGUUAGGGCUAUAUUUGUUUGAGCAAGGUGUGGUGUCCAUCACAUGAUUUAGCAACUGAGUGUUUAAUGACACUGACUGCAUGUACUUUGCUAUGAUAUCAAUGUAUCAUCGUGGUGAUGAUGAUGUGAACCACUGACUGCUGGCCAGAAAAGCUUAACUUUGACUUUUGAUUCUUGUUGUAAAUUGUGAUGGACAUGCAGUUGUAAUUUUUUUGAGAUACAUUUUUCACCAGAUCAUGACCAUGUUUAGAUCUAAAGUAUGUGAAGCGAAUAUGUACAAUUUCCUCAGUCAAUAAUGUUGAAAUAGUGGUUUAACAAACAGCUGUCUUGAUUCGCAAGAUAUAGAUAAAGUCAACUGUCAAGUAAAACUUGUACAUAGAAUCUUUGAUCAAUCCAUGUGUACAGAGAGUUUGAUCAUAGUCAGCUUUAUUGGUUAGGUAUGUAUACAUUUACAAGGAGACUGACUGGUAGACUUUGCCGUCUAUGUACAAACAUUUGAUACCAAAUAUUACACAAAUGUUUACAUGCUUAGACAUUGAACUGAUACAUACAAGACUGUUUUAGGCAGUCAUUCAAUGGAGCAGAGGAAUGUCAAGUGAUAGAAAAAUAUAUACAUAUAUAACAGUGUGGGUUGUGUACAUGAUGUACCUGGGCAUUUCAUAACAUCUCAGGUGGGAUGUUUUUUAGUUUAAAAAGUAGAAGAGCAAAAAAAGCUACAAAGAAAAAUAAUUUUAGAUUUGAUUAAUCCAUAUUUAUCUUCUUGAAGCUCUCACAGUUGGCAUUUGUAGGUGCAUCUCUACAUAUAUUUGUAAAUUAACUUGUUUGAAAAAUUGCCCAUCAGGUCACCAUCAUUGUGUGCCCACACAGUACAAACAAAUUAAGUAGCUGCUAAUAAAAACAUGGUAUGUGGCUGCUAAGAGUCAAAACUCUUUCUCCAUCUUUUACUUCAAGUAAGCCAGGUCAAUCAUUAAAAUGGGCUCAAGAGGAUUUUCUUAAUCAAAACCAGGAAAAAUCAGAACAUGACAGUGAAAGUAUUUGUAACACUGAAUGUUCAGUGAACUCUCUCUCUCUUCUUAUUUUCUAUCCUUCCCAUUUUAAUUGUUGUUUCUAUGCCUCUUCACAGCAAAAGUACUUUGAUUCCGGGGAUUACAACAUGGCUAAAGCAAAGAUAAAGAAUAAGCAGUUACCAACAGCUGCACCAGAGAAGACCGAGAUCACAGGGGACCACAUCCCCACCCCCCAGGACCUGCCCCAGAGGAAACCGUCUCUGGUAGCCAGCAAACUGGCAGGCUGAUCCACGUACACAAACAGCCACUGCAGAAUCAACCCCCCCUCCCCUUUCCCUUCUCCCCAGCCCUCACCCUCUAUACUCAAGUCUCAGAGCUGUAACAUUACCUCUCCUACCCCAUACAGUGCCACCUGUCCCCUGCCUCUCCCCCCUCCCCACUUGCCUGGACCCAUCCCAACAAGGACCCACACCUAGCAGCACCCAGCAAACUGGCUAGCUGAUACCUUCAACCUUUCAUUUUAAGUUUCCACCCUUUCUGGUCCUAUCUCUACUACCUCCUCCCUUUAUUUUGUCCCCUGCCCCUGCCCCUAAACUUCAAGCCCAUUUGUCACUGUCCUCUUAUUUUACCAUGUCCCCUUUUUCUCUGUACUUCCAUGUAAGAUACUCAUAAAGAUGCGACAUCUGGGUGUGAGUGUGAUGAGCGGACUGUGACACCUCUUUGACAACCAGAUUGUGUGUUGGCUGUAGAGAGGGGCGAACAGAAGAAGCUACGUCUUGUACAGUUAGAGGGCUUCAGUAAGGUCAUCAGGACCCUCAGUUUGGAAGUUUGUGUAAAUAAAUAUAUAUUUCCUUUUGUUUGGCACAGGGGCAGAUGUCGGCCUUUUAGAAUGUUUUACACCAGAUUUGUAUCAUUCACUGUAUGUCCUUAUUCUAAAUUAUGCUGUCAAUAUGCUCGAGUGAUUGACUAAAUAUAGUAACCCAGAGGCCAAGCUCAGAUGUGUUAACACUUUCAUGCUGAACCCUGAUGGAAAGCUGUGCUGAUGGACCACACAGUGAAAGGUCAGAGUGUCGUAUGGGCUGCAUGUGAGAUGCAAAGACCGUUCUUGUUAAGUUCCAUUUUAAUUCAUUGAAGCACUGAGCACCAACAUUUACACAGAUGCUAAAUUGCUCAGGUGCAGUCUGAACACUCUGGGUUUCAUGAUGUACAGGGUGCAUUCAAGAAAUCUUGAAACUUGAAAGUUAUCAGAUUUUAACGUAAAAGAGGAGUUUGAGCUGCAUUGUUGAAAGUUUACACUGUAUUUGUUGUGUGUGGAGCGUUUUGGCGUUGGAUGAUGACUCAGUCCUCUUCUCAGGCCAAAGUCUCUGGUUGAAAUUUGUCAUGAAUGAAUCAUUUUGCUCAAAUAGAGAAGGAUAUGGGACCUAAGAGAUUAAUUCCUGUCAGUAGAGACCAGUAUGUGUGUCCUAUAUUCUGUGUGACUAGAUUUAUUUCAUGAUAAAAAUAUACUGGGAACAGUUUUGGGCACCGGGAACAAAAAGUGUUUGAAUGAUUUUCAAACUUGGACAAAAAAAAAAAAAGUCUUAUAAUCUCAAAAGUUCAAGUAGUGUGAUCUUUAAAAAAUGAUUGGCCAUGUUAAGUGCUUUUCCAGGGUCCUCACUGACUGGAUAUGGUUUACCUGGAAUGAGGUAAAUCUACGCUAGCACUACAUCUGUCUGUGCUGUGCAUGUAUAUGGCUGCCCUGCUGUCACUUUGUGCCAUUUUGUUUUGUAAAUAAAAUAGUUUUGCACAAAUGUCAAAGUUUUGUG